CUGCUGUUGCUCCCGCGCUGCAGUACUUGUCUCCUGCUGCAGCAGGAGCAGCAGCAGGGACUGGAGCGCUAGCUGCUCUCGCUGCUGCUGCUGCUGCUGCUGCAGUGGCUCCUAGCGAGGCCGACCCCGCAGCAGCAGCAGCAGCAGCAGCAGCAGCAGAGCCCCCCAGCAGCUGCCCCACGCCAGCACUUCACCUUCUUGAAUGUGCUUCCGACCAGCAAAACUUAGUUGCUUUUUUUUGCUUCUUCCUGCCGCCCGCAGCCCCAGCAGCAGCAGCAGCAGCAGCAGCAGCAGCAGCAGCAGCAGCAGACGUGCUGCGGGCCCGCAGACUCCUCGUUGAAAUGCUUGCUGCUCCUGGAGGAGACACUCUUUUAGGGAGACUUGUCAAAACAGGAAAAGCUGUUCGAGCAGCAGUGCAUUUGCCUGUCUCCAACGACGCGGGGGGCCUCCUCCAGAUCGAGGUGGAGGUGCAGCACAGCAACUGGAAGGAGCGCCUGGCGGACGCUGGGGAAAUGAUUUUUGCUUAUAUUGCGGGUUUGACGGAAACACCCCCGGGGGACUGGUUUGUGGCGGAGCAGCAGCGGUUUGCUGCUUUCAAACAUAUUUUCUUUUUGCCCCGCGAUAUCCUGCAGGCCACAAUAGAUAUCGCCACAGACGCCGCGUACAGUUCGGAGUUGGGCCUUGCUGAUGAGGCCACGCUGAAAGCAGCAGCAGCAGCAUCUGUCUCUUUGCUGCAGCAGCUGUCUCCUUUGCUGCUGCACUUGGUGCUGCAGUCUCCUGCGCUGGACCACUUUUGCACUUUGCUGCAGCCGCAGACACUAGCUCGCUGCGGGGCGGCGCAGCCGCUGCAGCAGGAGCAGCAGCCGCUGCAGCAGCCGCUGCCGCAGCAGCAGCAGCAGCAGGAGCUGCUGCAGGAGCUGCAGCAGCAGCUGCCGCGCUGGGAAGCAGCUUUUGCUGCGCGCGGGAAGCAGCUGCUGCUGCUGCUGGGGAAGUGGGGCUUGUCGCUGCUGCGGCGCAACGCCUUCGCGGGCUGGGCCAGCAGCAGCAGCAGCAGCAGCAGCAGCAGCAGCAGCAAGCAGCAGCUGCAGGUUCGCUGGCAGGAGACACAGGAAGCAGCAACAGGACUUUUGCUGCUGCAGCAAUUUGCUUCUGGAAACACAACCCCACUUCCUUCUCCAAGUUCCCGUUCCCUCACGGAGACUCCCUUUUCUUCGUUCGAGACUCUGGCGAUUCCGGGGGGCGCUGCUGCUGCUGCUGCUGCUGCUGCUGCUGCUGCUGCUGCUGGGCGGCCGCUGCUGCUGCCCGCGGCCGCGUCCCCCAGCAGCAGCAGCAGCAGCAGCAGCAGCAGCAGGGGGCCCACGGGCCAGCGGCCGGGGGGCCCCCAGGGGCCCCCCAAGUUCCAAGAAAUGGUGAUCGAGGAGGCUUCUGCUGCGGGGAUCGAAGCAGCAACUUCCGCAGGCUCUUUUGCUGCUGCUAGCCACGACAGCUUCGUGCGGCGGGGAGACACAUUAGUGUUGUCUGUUGCAGGUCCUUGGGAGGGUUUGGCAGCAGUGCUGCGGGCUUUGCUGCUGCCGCUGGCCCCCGCUGCUGCUGCUGCUGCUGCUGCUGCUGCUGCUGCUGCUGCUGCUGCUGCAGCGGCCGUGGAGAUCUCGGACUUGGCCGUGGCUGCAGCAAACCGCAGGCUUGUUGCGCUGCUGCAGCAAACCCCCCCCCCCGAGCUGCUGCUGACUGAGAUGGCUUUGGAUCUUCUUGUUUUUCCGCAAAAGUCCAGAGACAGUUUGGAAAAAGAGCUGCGGAGGGCCCCCAUCGACGCGCGCCUUGCUGCUGCCUGGAGGGACAACCUCUGGAACAGCCUCGCAGUCCACGCCACCAUCGAGGGAAAUGUCUCGGACGAAGAAGCAGCAAAUUUGCUGUCUCUUGUUGUCUCUACACUGAGGCCUUCCUCGCUUCGUCCUGUUUCUGAGACACUGCCGCUGCGCGUGGUGGAUAUGAGGGGCCUCUCUGUGCUGUUUCCUGUUGCUGCUGCUGCUGCUGAUUCUGCUGCUGGUGUGGGGCCCCUCUUUGGAAGCAAAGAGAAGCAGCAGCAGCUUCCGCCUGCUGCGCUGUACGUACACCCCACGUUCUCGAGUACAGCCUUCAACGCCGUUCGGGUGUACGUACAGCUGGGCCUGCUGAACAGCUCGAUGAUAUCGGAGGCAGCAGCAGCAGCAGCAGGAGAGUGGUUUGCUGCUGCAGUGAGCGUGCGCAUGCAGCAAGAAGACGUGCUGCUGCUGGUGCAGCGGUUUGCUGCUUGUGUGCGGGGGUUGCUGCUGCAGCUGGGCCUGCUGAACAGCUCGAUGAUAUCGGAGGCAGCAGCAGCAGCAGCAGGAGAGUGGUUUGCUGCUGCAGUGAGCGUGCGCAUGCAGCAAGAAGACGUGCUGCAGUCUGCAUGCAAGCCCCCCUUCUUCGUGGCCAUCGGGGGUGUGGGGUACCUCUGCUGCACCCUGACCAGCAGCAGCAGCAGCAAGCCGCUGCUGCUGUCGCUCGACAGAGCAGCAAAAGCUCUCGCCAGACUUUCUGUCGAAGAAGCUCUUCGAGGAGUUGCACUUUCUGCAGAGUGGACUUCUGCAAAAAGAGACACUUUUCCCUGUCUCCUCUACGCGGCCUGCAGCGAGAAACUCAACGCGGCGGAGCAGCCGCUGCUGGAGGAGGGGAUAGCGCUGAGUCUGCAUGCGCUGCAGCAAGUGCCGCGGCUGUUUCUGCUGGUGUUUGUCUGCAGCUGCAGCUGUGGGGCUGCGCAGCAGCGCAGCUCGUUUGUAUGCUUUUUCGAGUCGCUGCUGGCUCUAGCAGCAAGCAAUGCAGCGCUGGAGCGCUGCAGCAACAGCGCUGCAGCAGCAGCAGCAGCUGCUGCUGCAGCAGCAGCAGCAGCAGCUGCUGCUGUUGCUCCUGCUGCGCCAGCCACAACGUGCGCAGCAGACGCAGAAGGUGCGCAGCAGCUGGAGAGCCUGGUGCUGUCACUGCAACAGGUGCUGCAGCAGCGGGAGGGGCACCUGCUGAGGCAGCAGCAGCAGCUGCUGCUGCUGCUGCAGCUGAGGUUUUCAGCUAUGGGCAGUGACUGGGCUCGCAUUGGAUGCUGCUGGGCUCUGCGAAGCAGCAGCAGCAGCAGCAGCAGCAGCAGCAGCAACAGCAGAUGGAACUUCAGUUUUUCGUUUCCUGCUUUUUCUUUGCCUCUUUGCGUCGCUUGGGGUUUGGGGUGUACGUACACCUCACGCGACCAGCAGAGGGAGCUGCCAAAGGUAGCCUGCGGCAGCAGCAGCAGCGGCCUUGCUGCAGCAGCAGCGGCGUUGCUGCAGCAGCAGCAGCCUUGCUGCAGCCGCAGCGGCGUUGCUGCAGCAGCAGCGGCCUUGCUGCAGCCGCAGCGGCCUUGCUGCAGCCGCAGCGGCCUUGCUGCAGCCGCAGCGGCCUUGCUGCAGCAGGAGCGGCGCUGCUGCAGCAGGAGCGGCGCUGCUGCAGCAGCAGCAGCGUUGCAGCAGCAGCAGCUGCUGCUGCUGCAGGUGCUGCUCAAAGCCGCACGUGGAGAGCUUUUUAAGAGCUGCAGCAGCAACCGAGUUGGGCUGCAGCGACACAAUGCCCUCUCCCCAGCCCGCUGCUGCAGCGGCAGCAGCAGCAGCAGCAGCAGCAGCAGCAGCAGCAGCAGCAGGGCCUCGAAGGCCCUGUGUUUUUCAAUUUUUUCUCCAAGACGCUCUUUGGCGCUGCGCUGCUGCCGGCGUUUGUCUUAA